AGGGGAUAUUUGAUGGUUGACUCACUUCAGUAUUUCCUUGAUGGGACUUAGUUUUGUCGAAAGCACUGCUCAUGGACAGGAACUAAUUCAUUUCAGUCUGAGACUGAGAGUGGAGCGGAGCGGAGGGCAGAGCAGCUACCCAGGUGAUUGAUCAGAGUGCGUCGUCCAAGUGAUUCAGCUUGUGUCUCGGCCAGUGGGACUAGAUUGAAUACCACCCUGUUAGUGGGACGAUGAGGCACCUAGGAGACAACUCCAGUGGGCUUGAUGUGAACGGCACCUCCUGUGAGGUCCAUGACAGCAUCCUCUCUCCUGCCUUACCAAUUCUCUACUCAAUAAUCUGCUUCUUCGGCCUGGUCAGCAACAUCAUGACCAUAUUUGUGUUCUUCCUGAGGAAACACUCUGACUCGUCCAUGGCUGUGUACAUGAACCACCUGGCCAUGGCUGACUUCCUGCUGGUGAUGUGUCUUCCCCUGCGGGUCUACUACCACAACAGCCCGGGCCCCUUUUACCUCUGCAAGGUACUGGGCGUCUUCUUCUACGUCAACAUGUAUGCCAGCAUCCUGUUCCUCAGCCUGAUCAGUCUGGAUCGCUACCUGAAGAUCAUCAAGCCUGUGUGGGUCCUGAGAAUCCACAAGGUGCGGUGGAGCCACCGGGCGUCCUUCUCCGUGUGGGCAGGUCUUGUCCUGGCCAUGUCUCUUUUUUCCCUAAGGAAAGACAAGGAGCGCCCCUGUGAUAGGAUCUGCUUCCACUUCCACCACAAAGGACUCCUGGGGGGCCUGGCCAACCUCACCGUGGUGGCCUUCUUUUAUGCUAUCUUCCUCCUCUUUAUCUGCUUCUAUGCUCGGAUAACCACCAAGCUGAGAAAGAUGUCUUUAGGCAACCGGGACCCCAAGGCCCAGCAGAGGAAGAGCAGGGUGAUCCUGAAGACCUUUGUGGUGCCGGUAAUCUUCACACUCUGCUUCCUGCCAUACCACCUGGUGAGAGUGCCCUACGUGCUGGCCCAAAUGGAUGUGAUCCAGGCCCUGGGCAGUAAGCAGGUUCUCCACAUCCUCAACGAGCUCACUCUGCUCCUGUCUGCCCUCAACAGCUGUCUGGACCCCAUCAUCUACUACUUAAUGUCCUGUACCUACAGGAGGACCAUCCUCUUUGCCCUGCAGGGGCAGUUCAAGACCAUGUACGCUGUUAACCGCAGACGCAUCAGUAUUAACCGAUCUAUUACAGAGAUAUAGAGCUACAGUAUCUAAGGCAGGGAGUUUUAACAUUUUGCACAAAUUCAUUUGGAUAAUGGACAAGUUGGAUUAACUGAAAAAGAUCAUGUAUAAUAGGCGUUAAUACUGUUAAUACUAUUGACUAUAAAAUAAGAAUAGAAGGAUAUUAUUGAAUGUACAUUAUGAAAUAUAUAGAUAUACAUAUAAAUAUGAACUCUUGUUAUCAAGUUCUUACUGGACUUUGUAUAAUUUUUGGUCCAGUAAGAAUGUUUUUUUUUUAAAUGAGAAUUUGUGCAAUCUUUUUUGUUUGAGUAUGUUACUCACACUUAUGGAGGGUGACCUUAUGUUCUCAUGGUUAAAAGGGCAAUAUACAACAUGACCUUUUAAAUGUCUUACGCACAAGGAUUCCCCAAGAUGAGUAUGCUGUUUCAUUUCAUGUAAAUGACCUACAUACUCACCCUAUGAUUUUCCGACCCUAUGCUGUCGGAAAAUGUAUUCAUUAAAUGAAGUACACUGACAAAGGCUUGUGUCAGUCUUGUGUGCUUUUAAAAAUGAUGUUUUUUUCUGACAUGUGAUCAGUACAUUUCUAUUUUCACACGAUAGAGAGCCGUGAAGGUAUUUGUCUUUUACAAUUGCAUUAGUUAAGUUCACCAACGUUGCUUUCAUUUGAAGAGUUUCUUUCCAAAACUCUAUAUCCACCAAUUUCUCACGUUUGUGUUUUUCAUCAGAACGACUGCUUAGGUGCACCUUCAUGUCUGUGUAAAAUAUUAUCGUUCUCAGAUUUUUUUUGUAUGUAUUUAAAUGUUUUUUUUCCUUCCAAAACGCUAAAAAUCCAUUGUUUAGCUGUAAUGGAAUGUUUGAAUCAUGUAUAUUUGAUUGUGAUAUGUGGUUGUCUCAUCUAGCUAUCUUAAGAUUAAUGCAUUCACUGUAAGUCGCUCUGGAUAAGAGCAUCUACUAAAUGACUAACAUUUCAUUUACAUUCUAGUAAUUUAGCAGAUGCUUUUCUCCAAAGCGACUUACAAUGACUGCGUUUAUCUUAAGACAGCUAGGUGAGACAACAACACAUCACAUUCGUAUCAAGUACAUUUUCCCUCAACAAAUAUUUAUCAUCAAAUUCAGUGCUAGUGGGAAAAGAGAAGGAAAAAUAAAGGUUUUACAUACAGA